UGUAUGAUUAAGUGUUGAUAUGAGCAGCAAUACAUUAAAGAUAAUUCAAAUGAAAUAGCGAAAUACCUAAAAGUGGUAUGCUCUACUUUCGCGAUGGCGGAACAUGGUGGCUUGGUGAACUUCAAAAGUUCUCGUGUUUACGAGACGGAAAAGGCGGUUAAACGGCAGGCUAGAGAGCAGCUACUGGCAAAGGCAAAAGAGAAGCAUGAGAAAGAAGAGAGAAGGAAGGAGAAGAAGAAAAGGACAGGGGAAGAUGUCUGGAUGCUGCCAGCUGUCAAUGAACGAUUGGCUACAGAGGAGGAGAGCCUGAAAGUGAAACCCAAGAAGCAUAAGAAAGAGAAGAAGAAGCACAAAAAGCACAAGAAAGAGAAGAAAAGGAAGCGAGAUGACUCAAGUAGUGGCUCUGAGGCAUCUGAUGGUGAGGUACAGUGGGUGGAGAGUUUCUCAGCACCUCGUUCUGCUGACAGCACAUUCAGCUCAGCUCCAGCACCCCCAGUACCAGGGCAGGCUGAGACACAGACACCUGCAAUGGAGGAACCAGCUAAGCCUGGACAGCAUGCGAGAGAAUUGAACCCCUACUGGAGAGAUGGAGGCACCGGUCUGCCAGAGGAGGCACCAAGCAAGGUUAAGGAUAUGCCCAAACGUACAGUUGGUGUGUAUGAUGGAGGUGCUGAUUGGCUGAGGAGGCAGUACAAGAGAGCCAAGGAACAGGCAGAGGAAGAAGGGAGGUCAUUAGAAGAUAUUGUAGAGCAGAGAUGGGGGUCUGUUGAGAAGUUCCAGCAGAUGUUGGCAGAUGCAGAAGAGAAGGAAAGAGGUCAUCAAAGGUCAUCACAGGAUGGUGACAGGGACAGAGGUCAUCAGAGGUCAUCUGCAGACAGGGAGAGCAGGUGGAGAAAGUCUGCAUCCGGAGACAGAGGAAAUCAUGGAGACAGGCACAGGCGGGUGUCCACUCUAGGACAUGAGAAGGAGAGAUCAAAUGAGAAAGAUGGUGAAAGAAGAAAGUCACCACAAGAAGACAGAAGAACACAGUCUAACUACAGCAGAGACCGGGAUAACUACACGCGGAGGGAACCCAGAAGACAAGAUGGGGAACAAAGUAGGCAUAGAGAAGAUAGGAAUAGCAGAGAUGAUAGAAAGCAUGAUAGAGACACAAACAGAGAGAAACGCUCGAGUCAUUAUAGCAGUUCAAAGUUUUCCGGACUGUUUAAGAAACCAACAGAAGAUCAAAAGGACACAUCCUCAUUUUCCACAUGGUCUAAGAGGGCAUCGCCUGAGAGAAAGGGCAGGGAUGAAGGAGUGCCUGCGUGGAAAAAGAAAGCUUUUAAGAAACCUGGUGAGGAUAGUGCCACUUCUACAGAGUCUAGGGCAACUUCAGCUACAUACAAACCAUCUACAAGUAUACCAAAUAUGCCAAGAGCUAGUAGUAGUAGUAGUAGUAGUAGUAGUAGUGCCCCCUCCUGGAAGAAGAAGGAACUGCAGCACACUGAGACAGUCAGAAAACCAGAGUCAAGUUCAAGUGACAGUUCAUCUGAUUCUGAAGAUGAAGCACCCACGGGUACGGACAGGUCCCCCUCCCCUCCAAUGAGGGUCCUGUCAGAGGAGGAGAUGAACAGUUUGGGGGCCAAACUUGUGAAGGCUGAACUGAUGGGGAAUGAGGAACUAGCAGCUAAGAUCAAGCUGCAGCUGGAACAGGCCAGGAAGGCAAAGGAAGCCCAACCCAAGGUCCCAGUCAGACAAGAGGGGAGGUCCAGUGUUAGGAGAGGGGAGGAGGAGGAGGUCAUCCUGACAAGAACAGACAACACCGGUCGUAGCUGGCCUCUACCAGAGGUACAGGACUCAUCAGGCAAGGGCAGGAGGAGGAAGACAAAGAAGAUUGAGACCCAUGACAAGUCCGGUACACGUCAGCGGUACUUCGAGGACGAUGACCAGCAUGACCUGACGUCCAUGGCCCAGCAGGAGCGCAGGACCACUGCUGCUGACCAGAACGCCAUGUACGCCAGGAUGGCUGCCAAGUUCUCAGGAAAACCAGACUUCACCCUGGAUGACAUGUUUGAAUCAUCAGUGGCCAAUAAGGGUACAACGAAGAAGGCGGAAGAAAGGGAGCGGCAGGUCGCCAUGGCGGAGCACCGGCGCCAGGCCGCCAGACUGGACAAGUGUCGCUUCUGCUUCGAGAACCCAGAAGUCCCCAAGCACCUCAUCAUCGCUAUUGGGAAGAAGGUGUACCUGACCCUGCCGAGCCUGAAGUCCCUGACAGAGGGCCACUGCCUGCUGGUCCCCAUGCAGCAUGUCAACUCUGGCACCACCAUGGACGAGGAAGUGUGGGCUGAAGUACAGGCAUUCCGUAGAUGUCUUGUUCAGAUGUUCCAGGCAGACGAUGACCAGGACUGUGUGUUCAUGGAGACAGCCAUGAGACUGAACCAGUUCCGACACACGGCCAUCGAGUGUGUUCCACUCCCGAGGGAGCUGGGAGACAUGGCACCAAUCUAUUUCAAGAAAGCCAUUAUGGAAGCAGAUGUGGAGUGGGCCCAGAAUAAACGACUGAUCGACCUGAAGGGACGAGACGUCAGAAAAGCAGUACCCAAGGGCCUGCCCUACUUCAGUGUGGACUUUGGUAUGCAGAGUGGUUUUGCCCACGUGAUUGAAGAUGAACAGAUCUUCCCCCACUACUUUGGCAGGGAAAUCCUGGGUGGAAUGCUGGACCUGGAGCCUAGGUUCUUCCGUAAGCCGCCCAAGGAGAGCUUCGAGGACCAGCGCCAGAAAGUCCUGAAAUUUGCAGAGCAGUGGAAGCCGUAUGACUGGACCAAAAACAUUGGCAAGGAGGUUUAACUAGAGUGAUUGAAGUCAAUCAAGGAUUGAAAAAUAAGUGAAAGGAGUGAAGUCUACUAAAGAAACAUGUAAGCAAUAUGGUACAUGCUUUUUAAUCAAUGACUAAUUCAGUUGCUGCAGCCACAGCCAAGAUCUGAUUAUCAAAUAAAGAAAACACUGAAUGGUCUGCAA